UUUAUUGUCCCUCAGAUCUCGCAAUCAGACACUUUAAAUUUGCGUAUUCUCCCACUACCGCCGUUUUUAUCAACACUUCAGAAUUUAUGCCUUUACAUGCAAAAACGACGAUGAAGAACAUGAAACGACACUCGUUGGAAUUGUCUAACCGACGAGUUGCUUCGGUUGAGGCGGUUACGAAAUUAGAGAAUGUUCACCGGCGGAGGUUGAAAAUUCGGAGAAUGAAGUAUAGCUGUCAGGCGAAAAUUCACGUUGGAGACGGCUCCGCCGGCGGGACGGCAACGGGGAUGGUUGGAACGGAGAAUGAGCGACGAGAGAUUCACGAAGCGGUUGAGAUAUCCCUGUCGCUGACGACGACGUCGUCAUCGGAGGAGGAGGAUCGGUCGUCGAAGCGAAACGGAGAAGUUAUAUCGUACGGUUCGGUGUCGACGAUAGGGAGGAGGAAGGAAAUGGAGGAUGCAGUGAGUGUGGAGAUAGGAUUUGCGACGAUGGAGAGAGAUAAAUGUGAUUUCUUCGCUGUUUACGACGGUCACGGAGGAUCUCAGGUUGCGGAGGCGUGUCGGGAGAGGUUGCACCGGAUUGUCGCGGAGGAGGUGAAGAGAUGCGGGAAUAAUGACGUGGAAUGGGAGUGGGUAAGAGUGAUGGAAGGGUGUUUUGGUAAAAUGGAUAGAGAAGUUGCGGAUAAUGCAGCGGUUAGGACUGUGGGGUCCACGGCUGUUGUGGCAGUUGUGGCUAAGGCGGAGAUCGUUGUUGCGAAUUGUGGUGACAGUAGGGCAGUUAUGGGAAGAGAUGGCGAAGCCGUGGAAUUAUCUAGUGAUCAUAAGCCUGACAGGCCUGAUGAGUUGAUCCGAAUAGAAGAAGCUGGUGGAAGGGUCAUAAACUGGAAUGGCCACCGUGUUCUUGGUGUUCUUGCCACUUCUCGAUCUAUAGGUGAUCAGUAUCUUCGACCGUAUGUAAUAUCGAAACCUGAAGUCACCGUGACAAACCGAACCAGCGACGAUGAAUUUCUGAUACUAGCAAGUGAUGGUUUGUGGGGUGUCAUGUCCAGUGAAGUUGCCUGCCAAGUUGUAAGAAAAUGCUUCAAUGGAAAAAUUAGGAGAGUUUGUGAUGGGGUUGGGAAUCAAAGUCGUGCUGUAGAAGCUGCAGCACUAUUGUCUGAGAUAGCAUUAGCAAAGGGUAGCAGAGACAAUACCAGUGUCAUAGUAAUCGACCUAAGAGGAACAAUAGCAUCAAGUUAACACCUCUAUAAUAUUUUCCAUCAAACCUUUGCCCCAAGAUGUUAUCUGAUAUAUAUAGAUAUAAUAAUGGUUAAUUAGAUAUCCUCUUUAAGAUGGCUUUAAAUUGAAUGCAGUUACGCUGCAAAUCUUUGCAUUGAGAGAAAAUGCGGACAAAUGUGGUUGAUGCAGUUUAAAUUGUAGUUGUUAGGUGCGGCAGAAACUUCAAAAUCCGUGAUAUUACAUUUACAGCUGCAAUUGUGAUUGUGUAUUGGAAUUUUAAACCAUGAUUUCUAAGACACUUCCUCAAACACAUUCCAUGUUAUUAGUUGAAAUUUAUGUGAGUUUAACAUUCCAAAUAGAUUUCAGUAUAUUAAGAGUUACUAACACUUGAGUUCAUGUUUUUCCAACAAUAGAGUGUGUUUGAAAGUGUUUCUAGAAAAUGUACUAUGACAUUAUUUUACGACAAUUGAUAAUGGGAAUUGAGUGA